UUUUUAAUUGGACAAAGGUCACGUGAUAUAUCUAAAAUUGAUACACUACCCGAAGAUUGGAAAUUUUCCGAUUUCUACGAAUAUCAUCAGAGAGAAGGGAGUUUCACUAAUUCGUUCAAGAAAGAAUCCUUCAGACUUCGAAGAUCUCUUGAUUACUUGUUGGAAUAUGGCCCAAAAGAAGCAAAGUUUCAUGCUGACCGCUUGGAUAAGAAUUUUAAAGAGGAGUGUCUUCGCGACAGUCCUUUGACGAUCUUCGUGAUUGUUGUAGUCUGUUAUGUGGAGGAGAUCACACAACUAGGAAAGAUAUCUUCGCGAUGUCCUUCUGACGAUCUUCGUGAUCGUUGUGGUCAUAAACAUCGUUUAAAUGACAAGGAUUCAAAGUUAUUCUGGGAUAGAAUAGAGUCACAACUAACCUUUGAUGCUGAAGUUGAAAUGAAGAAGAGGGAGAUGCGAUUGGCAGAGGUUGGAACAGCGACUGGUAUUAUGAGGAGAAUUGACGGGGCUCUGAUGUAUCCCUGCCAAACGGAAACAAUGGAUGAUUAUUUUCCGGUUAUUCCUCCACGUACACCUCCACAUCGAAUCGUUUCAUCAGGUGUGGCCCCUUUGUUCCAAGAGGACAAAUCACAACAGAGCAGUAAUGAGAGACAAGAGUUUUCGGAUUCAGAGGAUCACAAUUCCAUUUAUUCCACUUCAGAUCACGAAGGAGUUGAUUCACGAAAUAUGCAAAAUGUUGAUAACGAAGAUGCUUACAUAAAAAGCAUUCAAUUAUCUCAGGAGCAUGCAACGGAAGAAAUCCGUAAUAUCAUUGAAAAAAUAAAACGUAUCAAAUGUCGCCUCUUUGAAUAUCGGGUUGUCAAUCUUUCAGCACGAGAUACCUCAGAUCCUGUUAAUAAGUUAAAGGAAUCCGAAAAGCGCCUUUUAAAAGAUUUAUGGAAUUCGUUGGAGCCUUCAAGUGAAACGAAGACAAUUCGUCAAAACAAGUGGGACAAAGAUUUACAGCCUCUCUUAAAAAAAUAUCAAGCCCAUUUUGAGGGUAAAUCGGUAUUUGAUAUAAUUUUGUUGGAUAGUGCCAUUGAGGAUGUUCUUGCGAGGCCUUAUACAGGCACUUUUAUGCAUAAAGAACACUUUGAUUUAAUAUGGAUCCAGGAUAUACAAAAGCGUUUUUUGUUAAUUUUUCAAGAACCUGUUAAUUCAUUGUGUGAUUCUGAACAAACUGAACUUUCAUACCGAGAAGAUUUUGUCAAUCCGAUAAUUGCAAAAAUUGUGUCUUUUUGCAGGGGAGAAAUUGAAAACACGUUAAGCAAAAAUCAACGAAACGAAACUCGGCAAUAUAAGCAACGAGUUCAAAUUGGGUGUUACCAAGACGAGAUCUAUAAAAUUAACGUAAAUGCAACUGCUCUUGAAAUAGGUUUCUUAGAAGUUGUUGGAAGUGCUAUAUAUAUUGACGUUACAAAACUAAAAGAAGACACCGAAAAAACAACGGAACAACAACUCACUUCUUUAGAAUCAUAUGGAAUAAUAGUAUAUCAACGAACAUUUACAAUUUAUACCAUGCAUCGAACAAAAGGAGGAAUAUAUGUUGUUGAUAAACUAACAGAGUUUAGCAUUCCGAACUCAAAAGAUCAACUGUAUGUCCUUAAAGAGGUUAUCGAAAAAGUUUACAUGUUCAAGAGUAGAGUUAUGGAUUACUAUCUUGCGGUACAGAAGAUCACUCCUACUACCCAAACUUACAGCAGUAUAAAGGAAUCACCCACUGAGGCAUCACCCUCCAAGACUUCAAAAACUAAUACUUCAAG